UUUGCCUGUGGUGUUUGUGCAGGAUGAGGACAGCUCAUUGGUGGGAAUUGGCCAUGAUAGCUCAAGUCUUUUAUGCCCUUGAGGCUGGACAAUCGCCGCAAGCAUGGCUGGCCUUCCUUGAAUGCUAGGCAUGGGUGCAGGGUGCAAGGCAAAGCACUGCAGAGAGAACAAGCCAUUAUGUUCUCUGGAAGGCAAGUCUGUCUGCAUGUGGGUUGGCAUCCCAGAUCCCACCCCCGCGAAAAGGAUGCUGUUCCAGGUGGAUGCCUGGCAGUGGGGGACAGACCCCUACCUUCUCCUGUAAUCCUUAGAUGCCUGGUUCUAAAACAAAAAGGGGGAACUGUGGGGAGCCAUUGCACCGCGCCCUAAAGAUGGCGCCGGCUCCUUUCUCCCGGAAGGACUGGCAAGAAACAAACAACUCCUAAUAAGGAGAUGGCUGAGCUCCCUUCUGGCUUCCGCAUUGCUGUACCUAUCAAUCCUUGCCACUUGGCUGCUUUUGAUUGGUGUGCUGAUGGCUAUAAGAGGGAUGGGAGAGGGAAGGAGGCGGAAGAAGAAGCUUGUUCAAGGUUCCUGAAUAAACUGCUUGAAGAAGAGUUCGGGUUGUGUCUUCCUUGCUGGUCGAGGGACACGACAGGGAAGAUUAUAAUAUGUAGAAAUAUAUUCGCUGUACACUCUAAAGUUUGUGUGACUUUUAUCAAGGAUCCAGAUCCUAAGCUUAAAACAAUUAUAAGCAUAAUUGUAAGAGAAAUAGCUACUGGUCCAGAAUAUAAAACUAUAAAGCAUAUGUAAGUGAGCCAACAAGAGAAAUUAUCAUUAUAGUGGAGACAGCAGCAGCUGCACACAUCAUUUCACUACCCAGCUUCUGCUAACACCUAAAUGGCAGAAACUGUUGAAAUCAAUAAUUCACAGAAACCAUGAGCCAGCUGUUCCCAGAGCUGCCAGUGUUCUCAGUGUCUUCUUUGAACUGGAAGAUUUCCCAAUUGCUUCAAACAAAAGAACAAGAAUGAUGCUUAUGAUAGUCCUUUUUAUUACAUCGAUUUAUUUAAUUAAGAGGCAAAGAGAUAGACAGAGAGUUAGUGUUUGCUGGUUUACUACCCAAAUGCUUGCAACAACUGAAAGGGUCAAAGCCAGCAGCCAGGAACUCAGUUGAGGUCUCCCAUGUGAGUGGCAAGAACCCAACAACUUGAGGCAUCUGCUGCCUUCCAGACUCUACAGUACUGGAGAGCCAGGCUGAGAAGCUGCGGAUCGAUACUGAUCCCAGGAAUCCCAAUGGGAGAGAUACAGGUGUCCUAACUGGUGGUCAAAUACUGACCCUGUUAAUGCUAUUCUUGAUUGGUAUCCCUGUCUGAGAUAUAAAAAGAAGUAAUCGCUGCAUCUCCUGCUGGGAUGCAUUUUGUGCACACAGGUCCAUAGCUCCAAACUUUCUGCACACAUGUGCCGAUAAUUCCAAACCUUCUGUUCACACAUGCCUGUAGCUUCAAACCUUCCAUGCACAUAUGCCUAUACCUUCAAACCUUCUGCACACAUGUUCCCAUACCUCCAAAUUUUCUGUGCACACGUAUCUGUAGUUCCAAUAUUGCACACACGCAUACCUACAACUCCAAAUCUUCUAGACUUUGUUGUUACUUCCCAAGAUGCCCAAGUGUCUGCUGCUAUAGCUGCUGUUUCUCCAUCUAUUUAUGUCUUUCUCUGGAUAGAGUACAAAUGCUUCCAUUUACAUCAGUUGUCUACAAUAUUAUCUCUCUUUGAACCAAAAUGCACAUACAAAUGAGACAAGCACUACACUUGUCAGAAGUCAUUGAUGUUACACUGAGCAUUAUAUAUAAAACUCUUGUGCUAGUUUGAUUCAAGUCAAGAAUAGGCACUGGUUUGUGUGUGCCUGAGAUAAUGCAGCAAAACAAAACCUUGUGCCUGCAGGAUUGAAGAGGAAAAGGAAGCAGAAGCCUGUGCUUAGUUAUCACUACACAAGAACAUUCAAACCCAGUUACAAUGAUUUUCAAGCAGAAUUGAGUUGGAUCCAAUGACAUAGACAGAAGUUGUCUGGGGGAAGAGAAGACUAGAAGGGAGAGAGCAAAAUGUAGAUGGAUGGAAUAAUUAAAAUAGAAACAGUGAAUUCAAAGAAAUAAAGGAUAAGUGAAAGAGACAGGGAAGCAAAAAGCUAGUCUCAGGGUGGGUAAUGAAGGAGGAUGAAUAUUUGAAUGGCUUUGAAAUUCCCUGUAGAGCAUCACUAAAUGACAGCUUCCAAAACCAAGGCAUGUCUUUUAUACUUCAUAUCAUUGUGCAUAAUUUUUUACAUUGAAAUAAAUGUGUUCAGCAGACUGGAUAGAACCAAUAAGACAGCUUUGUUUAUGUCAAUGUUUUAAUUAAAUGCAGAGAGCUAUUGCAAAGCAAUUGAGAAAUAGGUGAUUGUUAUGAUAAUGACAUAUUGAUUGUGCUCCUCCAUGCCUUUCAUCUUUUUUCUGUUCUUUCUUCUUCAUUAAGCCCACGAAAGGCAUUCAGGCACAUUAUUUACUUCCUGAAAAAUGUGGCUCAAGUUGUUUGUUCCAAUGAGUAUGGGAAAAGGAUAUGUCCCCCUGGGUUCUUUGUGACUGGGAAAUCAUUCUUCCAAUGCUCCCAGCCCACUCACCCAGCCCAAUUCUAUAAAGGAAUCUGCUGCUGCCCACCCAUCAUGGAAUCUUCCCAGGUUGCAGCUCCCUCAGGAGACAUGGAGCCAGGAUUCUUCCCUUCCAUUGCUAUCUUUCUCCUUGUGGCCCUGCUGUUUCCAGAAUUGCCCAGUGCCCAGCACACUAGCUUCCCAAGUCCUGAGUUUUACACAGAACCCUGGCAACCACCUGCUGAACAAAGGUAUCCCUUGUCAGAACGCCAAGAAAACGACUAUGGCAUAUUGCCACGCACCCCGCCUUUUUAUGAACCUGAAGAAAGCUUCAAGGUUGUCAACUGCAAGAGAAACGAAGGCUACUGUCAAGAAUUUUGUAAUUAUUUGGAAACACAAAUAGGCUACUGCUCCAGAAAAAAAGAUGCAUGCUGCUUACGUAGGAACUGA